UCAGUUCAGGAGUUGGAUAUGGAUAGAAAACACUGAACGUCACCAACAGCUGCACGCGCGCGAACUACAGAGCCUUCGCUCCGCCGGUCCGCUGGCCAGUCAGCUGUAUCGAGUCUCCCUCACACGGAGUAAAAGUGUGAGGACACAUGUGCAGGCAGAAAAUAUUAACGUUGCCAUCAUGGGCUGUGGCACCUCAGUAGCCAUUGAAAACCAAGGAAGGCCUUCGGAAGUAGAUGUAUCAGCAAGGCUGCCCAGUCCUGCCCUGACAAUGAAAGCAGCCAUCCUUAUCCAGCGAUGGUACAGGCGUUACGUCGCACGAUUGGAGAUGAGGAGACGAUACACCUGGAACAUCUUUCAGUCUAUAGAGUAUGCAGGGGAGCAGGAUCAGCUGCAGCUCUCCAGUUUCUUCAGCUUCAUGUUGGAUAACUUCACACAGCUCAAUGGAAAUGGACCAGACCUGAUCUCUCACCUGCUGGACUCACCAGUGGACCCUGUGGUGGAUGAAGUCAGGCAGUCUAAGUACGAGCAGAUCGUAGUGCCAGAGUCAUACAGUGGACCUCGCCUCUCCUUCCCCUUGAGCGUCACUGAUACCAACGUCCUGCUCAGUGCCUUCAAGGAACAGCAGACUCUCCAUGCAAAAUAUGUAUUGCAGUUACUCCACGAGACACAGAAGUUCUUAAAACAGAUGCCAAAUGUUAUUUACCUGUCCUCAUCCUAUGCCAAAGAGAUCACAAUCUGUGGUGACCUACAUGGAAGACUGGACGAUUUGCUGCUUAUAUUCUAUAAGAACGGUCUGCCAUCUGCUGAGAACCCCUACAUAUUCAACGGAGACUUUGUGGACAGGGGAAAGAAGUCCAUCGAGAUUAUCAUUAUCCUGUUUGCUUUUCUGCUUUUGUACCCAGACCAUAUGCAUCUGAACAGAGGAAAUCAUGAAGAUCACAUCAUGAACCUGAGAUAUGGCUUCACAAAAGAGGUUAUGCAAAAGUAUAAGACGCAUGGAAGAGAGAUUCUUCAGCUACUGCAGGAUGUAUUCAGCCUUCUCCCAAUUGCCACAAUCAUAGACAACAAAGUCCUUAUUGUUCACGGCGGCAUUUCGGACAAGACGGACCUAGAAUUUCUGGCCUCUGUAGAAAGACAGAAGGUGAAAUCCGCUCUGCGACUACCUAAAUGCAGUCUGGAUCACAGUGAAGUGCGCACCAGCAGCCGGAGCAGCAGCAGAAAGAGUGGCAGAGUCAGGCUGAACAGCCCUUGCUCCGCAGGCCGCAUGAGCCACAAAAAGAAGAAGUGCCGCCUCACCAAACAAAACAGCAGCUCUUCCUCAUCCUCAUCCUCUUCUACAUCAUCCGUAGCCACCCCAAGGCGUCCUCCCCCCUCACCCAGACUUCCCAGCCCUACUGAAAUGCUUCAGGUGCCUUUCCUCGAUUCCAUCGUCUCCCUCGCUCUCCCAGAGCCGCCCAGAGAGGAGCUGGAGUGGAGGCAGAUUGUAGAUGUGUUGUGGAGUGACCCGAAAAUCCAGAAUGGCUGUAGUCCAAAUUCAUUCCGUGGCGGAGGUUGCUACUUCGGGCCUGACGUGACGCAGAAUCUGCUGAAGAAGCAUGGCUUGUGUCUACUCAUCAGAUCUCAUGAGUGCAAACAGGAGGGUUACGAACUCUGCCACAAUGGACAGGUGAUCACUAUCUUCUCUGCCUCUAACUACUAUGAGGAGGGCAGUAAUCGUGGUGCGUAUAUUAAACUGGGGCCAGAGCUGAUCCCACGUUUCUUCCAGUACCAAGUAAGCCGAAGCACCAGGAAGCUCACACUACAGCAAAGGGUCAGUGUGGCAGAAAGUUCAGCUCUAAAGGCUCUUCAGGAAAAGCUAUUUACCCAUCGUUCUGAGCUCAUGGCUUUCUUUCAGCAGUAUGACAUUAACAACACAGGUAGGAUUUCCAUCAAUGAAUGGGCUCAGGUCUUAGACACUGUCCUGAGGUUGGAUCUUCCAUGGAGAACUUUAAGGCCACGUCUUGUUCGUUUAGCCUCUGACGGAAAUGUGGAAUAUGAGUCUUGUUUUGAAAACAUCAGUGCAGGACAGCCCUUGCCUCAGGUGACUCCAAAUUUUGCAGAAACGCUGUACAGGUACCGAACUGAUCUCGAGAUUAUCUUCAACAUCAUUGACAAAGACCAUUCAGGCCAGAUCUCAAUCGAGGAGUUCCGUCAGACCUGGAAGCUUUUCAGCGCUCACCUGGGUGUGGAUGUGGAUGACCAGGCCAUAGUUGACAUGGCACGCAACAUUGACUUCAACAAGGAUGGCAGCAUCGACUUUAAUGAGUUCUUGGAGGCGUUUCGGGUUGUGCACAAGCUGGACAUGAAGGAACAGCAGCAAGGCUAACACACAUGACUAUAUUCAUGACUAUACGCACAUAAUCAUCUAAGCCAAGUACAGAACAGUAAAAUGUUUUCAUGUUUCUGGCAACAAUUCAGUUUUCUGUCAAUCAGUAGGGAAAGUAGUAAUUGUUUAAUCCAUUUGUAGAAUUGACAAAUUUUGCAGAAAGCAGGUUAAGAAGGUAAACAUUCUUUGUGGUGUCUUAAAGAGAAUGUAGCAGUAGUGAACACUAGGGGUUAAUACAAACUGGAACAUAUUCCAGUGGUACACAUCUGGAUCAGAGACAGAAGAACUGCAGACUUAUAUGACUUUGCCUUAAUUUUGAAACUGCAGAUUCUGAGAUGGACAUGCACUUGUUUUAAGCUUGUAAUCUGGAGUGAAUUUGGGAGCUGAAAGAAAUGAAAUGAUGUAGCUAACAGUGUUGUUUUAAUUUUGUAAAAAAGUAUGAUUUUUACUGCUCUCCGCACAAAAAAUAGUGAAUAUUAUAGUUGUGUAGGCUUAGCACUACAGAGUUUACAACUGUAAUACAUCUGGUUAAUCGGUGAAGUACUUUAUGCUAAGUUGAACUGAAUCAAUUGAGUAUAGAAAACAUUAAACUUUGGAGUUUUACUCCAACAUGUUGUUUCUGAUAAACUGCUUUGUUUUUUAUUUCUGUUGCAUCAAACUUACUACUGAUUUAAAGUUUUAAAGUUGCAACCAUUGUUUUAAACUCUACACAUGAUCUUCGGUUAUUGUUCCAGCCUAAUGGUUUUUAAACACUAUACACUAGAUACUAUUUUACACUUCUUUUACACUUUUAUUCUGUCACUGUAUUACUGGUAAGUUUAAAAGGCUGUGUGUAAAUGUGUCUGCCACAUUUCACGAAUCAUUAAAUGUUGGGUAGAAACAGACACUGAAAAGAGACACAACGUGGCACAAGGUUAAUCAUUAUCAAUCAAUCAUCUUUGUCUCUUGUCAGGAGAGUUGAAGAGAUGACUCUCUUUUAACCCACCACUGUUUUCAAGUUUCAGUCUAGACUCCUGGACAGCCAGAUUUUCCUUGUAGUAGUAGUAGUACUGGGAUUUACAUCAUGAAAGCUCUUCCUCACUAUGUUCUGGUUAAACCAUUACAAUAGCCAUUGGACUCCUGGAUCCUGUUUUUUAGAUUUGCACCAGCAGGUUUCCGCAAAGACUCUCUGCUCUGUAUGCUGUGAUUGGUCAAAGCAUUUAUCAACACAUCCAAAAAAGACAUUUAGCAGAGGCCUGGUUUUACUUGCUGGAACAAGUGCUUUGCUUUUAGCCUCCUGCAUAAAAAGUUCACUCUUAACAAGAUAUUUCAUUUUAUGCCUGUUCAACUUUCUAAUUUCUGCAUCAUAUUCCUAAAUAGGAUGGAUAACUUUGGGCAAUUAAUGAGGUAAAAAAUGUGAUUUUAAAGAGGUGAUGUCGAGAGGUGAUUGUAAUCAUGAUUUGGUAUGAAAACAGUAUCCAUGAAUAGCUGAGUCUUUUGCCCAAUCCCAUUUGGUUUUUGUACUUCUACUUCUUGAUUUUGAGUGUAACCCUUCCCUUUGGAACAGAGAGUUACGGGAAGGGGGUAAAAUCAUUCCUCCUAAGAAUUGGAUCAGUGGGCUCCUAUCCAUUAGGAUAUGAAAUCAGGAUUUUUCAUAGUCCCCUCUCCCUACUCAGGUGGAAAACGAAAACGGGCGGAAAAUGAAAACAAGCGUAUUAUGAAAACGGGCGGUAAACAAAAAAAGCACAAACGCGCUGCUACAUUACAGCAACACAGCACAAACAAUAUAUAAAACCCUGAGUUGUGUUUCUUUCUGUGUUCCUUAAGGGCACCGGGAAGCCGUGGAAGCUGGAAACCCCUAUUUUAAUUUUAAUAGAUGACAAACAAACAAUAAUUUGCUACUGUUCGUUUAUUGUUGUUGCUAUUACCAUAUUAGUGGAACUGUGUGGAUUUUUGUGUGGAGUUGUUUUUGGCUGUAUUAAAGUGUUAAUGGGUUUUAUA